AUGACUUUAAUAGCUCAGAGUCUAUCCGUUCAAUUGAUUACAAUAUCGAUAAUAUCACUGCAAAGACAACUGUUGCACAACGAGGCCGCCAACCGAAGCCAAUGGAACAGUACUUAUGAUUAUGUUAUUAUAGGCGCCGGUAGUGCCGGAUGUAUACUAGCGGCCCGACUCACGGAAGACCCCAACAUCAAUGUCUUGUUGCUUGAAGCCGGCGGUCCACAAACAGUCAUCACUGACAUGUUGGCCAAUGCUUGGAUUGGUAUGAUAGGUGAAAACGAUUGGCAUUAUAUGACAACCCCCCAAAAGAGAGCCGGGUUUGCUUUUAAGGACAGACGUAUCAUUUAUCCGAGAGGUCGUAUAUUAGGCGGUUCAUCGGCGACCAACUAUGCCAUUUAUAAUAGAGGCAAUCGACGCGAUUACGAUAACUGGGCCAAUAGAUAUGGUGCCACCGGUUGGUCGUAUAACGAUGUGUUGCCUUAUUUCCUACGUAUGGAAAACCAGACAAACCCGGCCUAUGCCGCCAACUUUGCCUACCAUUCAACGUCUGGUCAAAUGCCAAUCGCUUCGGCUCCCAAUCCCGAUCCUAUUUUAUUAAGAUAUAUGGAAGCGUGGGGACGGGAAGGCUGGCCUACAAUUGACUUUAAUGGGCCCACACAGAGAGGAACUACACUGAUACAACAGGCAGCGGUGCCCUCUAACUGGACCCGAGCCUCGACGGCAUCCAGUUUUAUAUAUCCAUUGAUCAAAAACCGUAAUAAUUUGCACGUUGUUUGCCGAUCACAUGUGACCAGAGUUUUGCUUCAAAAUAUGACAAAUGGUUUGACUGCCACUGGCGUCGAGUUUUUAAAAAAUGAUAUGACAUAUCAAGUCAGUGCCCGACGGGAAGUCAUACUAUCGGCUGGCGGCACUAAUAGUCCGCAGAUUUUAAUGUUGUCGGGAAUCGGUCCCCGACAGCACCUCCAAGACUUAGGUAUCCCAGUUCAGGCAGACUUGCCGGUUGGCAACAAUCUUCAGGAUCACAUUUUAAUACCAAUGAACUAUUUGGUGGAAAAUCAAUCGGACAUUCAAUGGUCAAGAAAUUUAGAUUCAAUAAUGACUGUCCAAAAUCUCUACGAUUAUUAUGUCAACGCUGACGGACCGAUCACUCAAUUGCCAACUAUACUAACUUAUCACAGUUCCCGUUUCAAUGACAACCCCGACUGGCCCGAUGGCAUUAGAGCAACUCUUACAUCACAAAUUGGUAUGAAUAUAUCGGUUGCAAUGGGAGAAUAUGGUCAGAAUGUUGAGGAAUGGGCCGAAUACUGGAAGGGAUUGGCCGGAGAUCAGAGACAUUUCUGGAUUUUUUAUGCCGUAUACAGACCAAGAAGUCGAGGAACCGUUCGUUUGGCGUCAACCAAUCCCUUAGACGCUCCGCUUAUUGAUCCCAACUAUUUUGCCGAAAAUUAUGAUCUGGGAGUAGUCGUUGAUACGAUGAGCACUGGUAUGCGAAUGACCGAACAGCCCUUCUUUAGAAAGUUCGGCCGCAUUUACAACCAUACAAUUCCUGGCUGUCAAUUGUGUACCGAUGGCACACCUUAUUAUGAGUGCUACUCAUACUUGGCUUGUGUGGCGCAGACCAUAACUGCCACAUCCUAUCAUCCCAUCGGAACAUGUCGUAUGGGUACUGCAUCUGAUCCCGAAGCCGUUGUCGACAAUCAGUUGCGAGUUCGUGGUGUCAACAAUUUGCGAGUAAUCGACGCGUCAAUUAUGCCAAAGAUAGUCAAUGCUAACACCAAUGCCUGUUCAAUGAUGAUCGGCGAAAGGGGUUCCGAUUGGGUCCGGUAUGGCAGAUAA